GGGACCGGGAGCACACGGCCGGGGACGGGAGCGCCGGGGACCGUCUCUGCGCUCCGGGGGCUGGUGCUCCUUCUCCGGCCGCCGUCAGUCCUCGAGUGAGCCACCGCGCCGUCCGCCCACGUGGGGCAGCUCGGGCGGCAGGGAAGCGGCCCGAGGUGUGCGCUGCCCUGAGGAGGAAACCGCGCCGGAGGCGGUCGGAGGAAGUUCCAUGGAAGACAAAACUCGUAGAGGAAACUUGACAGCUGCAGCUGAUGAAGAAAAUACUGACUCACAUUCUAACUCAAUUAAUGGGAAGCCAAAGAAAUUGCAAUGUUUCUCUAAGAAUGCUUUUUCUGUUUGCUGUGAUGAGAGUCUCUUGAGUUUGUUAGUACCACCCCCUAAAGGUGGGACUUGCCAUCAUUGUGGUCUGUAUGGAACUCUCAGGUGUUCCCAAUGUAUGCAAACAUACUAUUGCUCUGCAGAUUGUCAGAAAAAAGAUUGGCCAACACAUAGGGUUGUAUGUGAUCCCAUUAAACAGAAUGCAAGUAAGAACAAAACCAAGGAGGGAGUUUGUCUUAAGGAGGAAGUGACAUUGAGUUUUGCUGUAGAUGUUGUUCUUCCAGAGACUGGCGACUGCCUAAAUAAGGUUCCCUUAGAAAUGAAGUCUCACUUAAUUCCAGAAAGUGAUGCCAGCGGAGGAGAUUCUCCAAGAGUGUCAGAAAACCAUUCAAAGGGAGGUGAAAAGAAAAUACCUGAAGAUGAAGACUCUCUUCACUGUGCUAAUUCAUUUGCAAAGUGUGUCUCUUUAAGCAUAGGAGACAAAUUUUCUGGUAUGGUUUCCCACAUUCAAAAUCCAGACACCUUCUUCUGUCAGCAGAUGGACAAUGCCUGUCAACUUGCUGAGCUUGAAGUGUCUCUUAAUGAAUAUUGUGGCAGAUUUCCCAGUAGUCCGUCUUUCCAUCCUGCUGUUGGAAGUGUGUGCUGUGCCCAGUUCACAGAAGACAAUCUUUGGUAUCGUGCUGCUGUCACAGCAUAUGCUUCUGAAGAUACUGUUUUGGUGGACUAUGUGGAUUAUGGUAAUUCUGACUCUGUUCCACUGAUGAAACUUCGUCCUGUGAUUCCAGCAUUAAUGGACUUGCCAGCUCAAGCCAUAAGGUGUUCCUUGGCAGGUGUGAAGCCACCACUGGGAACUUGGACCUCAGAAGGUACUUCUUUUAUGAAAAAUCUGGUGAAAGACAAAGUGUUCACAGUAAAAGUAGUGGAUAAAGAAGGUUCUACAUCUGUGGUGGAGCUUGUGGACGCAUCAGUUACUCCGGCGAUAAAUAUAUCAAGCCUUCUCAUAGAGGAAGGCUGUGCAGCUGAGGAGUCAAGGGUGGCCUUACCAGCAGUCACAAUGAGUGAUGUUAAGCAAGAAAAUGAGGACACGAUAAACAAAAGAACAUGCAAGUGGGUUAAAUUAACUCUUAAGCAAACAGUCAGUGUCACAGUGUGUACAGUAUACAGUCCUGGGGAAUUUUAUUGUCAGAUUUCAAAUACCCAUGAAUUGCUUGCUCUAAACUCACUUAACAAAUCCAUGUCUGAAUACUGUCAGAAAACUCCACCAGAUGUUUUCAAGCCUGAGAAUGGAGAACCUUGCUGUGCUUUUUUCUCUGGAGAUGGUAACUGGUACCGUGCUGUGGUGCAAAACAUCACUUCAGGUGGAACUGUUGAAGUGAGCUUUGUGGACUAUGGAAAUUUUGAGGAAGUACCAUUGGAUAAAAUACGGAAGAUCUCACCGUCAUUCCUAAAACUUCCAUUUCAAGCAAUUAAAUGCUGGCUCUCAGGUAUAAAGCCUCACAAUAACAAGUGGAAUAAAGAAGCUGCAAUAAGAUUUCAUAUGUGCACUUCAGGGUUAGAGCUUCAAGCCACCGUAACCUCCCUGUCCAGAGAUGGGGCAGGUGUGGUGCUUACAGACAAUUCCACAGUUCGUCCAAAAGUGAUCAAUGACAUACUGACUUCUGAAAAUUUGGCUGUAAAGGAAGUUCUACAAGAUAAAAAUAACUUUCCAAACAAGUCUGUUGACCAAAAAGUAACCUCACUUGGGCACUGGAAGUCAUUUAAAUUGGCUGUAGGUGAAACCAUAAGGGUCUUUGUAACAGAAAUUGUAAGCCCAGACUUGUUCUACGCUGUACCAGUUCUAAAUGAAGUUCAAAAGAAGGAGUAUAGGGAGCUGGCUGCACUAGGAACCUAUUGCAGAUCUUGUAAGAAAGAGCCCUUCCAACCAAAACUGGGUGAAGCUUGUUGUGCCCAGUUUUCAGGUAAUGGCCGGUGGUACAGAGCUCUUGUUCUAGAAGCUUCCCAGUCUGCAGUGAAAGUACUGUAUGCAGACUAUGGGAACACAGAAACUUUACCACUUUCAAGGGUGCUGCCAAUCAGUGAUUCCUUUUUAAAGCUGCCUUUUCAGACAAUUACAUGUUCACUUGCAGGAAUAGAGAAAGUUGAGUGGUCUCCACUACUGCUUGACAAGUUGAAAGAAAUGGUAUUGAAGCAAUUCGUUGCAAUUACAGUGAAAGGGUUUAACGGAGAUGUUAAGUUAGUAACAGUAGAGAAACACUGUGAAAAUGGUGAUCUGAAUGUAGCUGACAAACUUGUAGAGCAAGGUUUGAUCAAAUCCUGCAGUGCUGAAAACUCACAUAGUGAAUGUCAAGGUAAUGGAGGUGAGACCAAAUGCUGCUGCACGGAAUUAAAAGAGCAACUUAAAAAGCAUGAACAGGUCCUGCUCUUCCUUUUAAACAAGUAUGGGAAUACAGAUGGAUUCACUGAAAUGAAAAAUCUGUUGCAGCCUUAAGUCUCUGACAGGCACCAAUUCAUUUGUCUGUAACCAGUUCCUUUUUUUGGAAGAGGAAGAGCAUCCACCAGCUUAAAAAAUGAGUCACUUUGUAGAGAUUCUGCUGUUUAAGUACCUAUAUUUAUCUGUAUGCUUGGGUUGUUAUUGUGACAAAAGUAUGUAACUUGAAGAAUUGCAAAGUGGCAAGCUAAAAAUUCUAUUCUGUUUUUGUUUUAUUCUACCAUGUCCUGCUAAACUUCUUGCUUUUAUUUUCCUGUUGAAUGCACAGAAGUUUAUGAAAUGGCCACUACAUUGUAAGUCUAUUUUGUAAACUUGCAUUGGAAAUUAUUGUAAUCAUAAAGCUUACUUAAUUUUCAUAUCAUUAAUGUUACUUGAAAAACUGUAUCUAACCUUGAUUACUCUUCUUUCAGCUUAAUUUCUGGUCUCAAGUUAGACAGAAUUGUUCUUUAUAAACUUGGUUUCAGUAUCAUUAAAGGGUGAAUGUUGUCUUGGACUACAUACAGGUAGUUCUCUCUAAAAUCAGUAAACACUUUAAUGUGCACUGUUCUUUAUUUACACCUAUGCUAUCUAUUAUGCAUCUGUGAAUAUUGUUUUGAAGUGAAUUGUAUUAGAGCUGUUUUGUG